CCCAACUUCAAAUAUCCGGCAGAACACUUCUCUCGAGCUUCAAGAUAUAGAACAACACAUAAUGGCGACAGCCCGCCUCCGCCACGCUUUCCGCUACCCUACCGAAUCCGACUCCGACGAGCCUCCCGAAGGCAUCGACGAGCAAGAACAAGAAACCCUCAUAACCCACCUCUCCACCACCGACGCCACCCAAACCCUCCUCUACACCCGCCUCCUCCUCUCCCUCCCCCUCACGCCAACCCUCCUCUACCUCCCCACCCUGCUCCGGCCCACCUCUCUCAGCUCCUGGCUAUCCGCCCUCUUCACAAUAACCUCCCUCCUCGCCGCCGCCUACAUCCUCUACUAUCUCCCCCUCCCGCCCGCCAGCUCGGCACCGAAACCGCCGCGGCAACGCAACCAGAACCCCAACCCCCACGCGCACCUGGACAUCGAAGGCGAGAGUGAGAGUCCGCUGCGGCGGUAUAUCGUGUAUCUGAACGGGACGUUGGUGGUUGUGUUGGCGCUGCGGGAGUUGAGUAGCGGGAGGGGAUGGAGGGAGGGGAUGGCGGGGGGCGGGUACGUGCCGGGGUUCGUGUACGGGGUGGUCUUGUUCGCGCGGACGCAGUUGCGGGCGGUGGAUGUAGGGGUGUUGGAGGGGUUGCGGUAUCGGUAUAAGGGAGCUUGA